AAUAAAUAAGUAAAAAAAAUUUGACUGUCAAAUUAUAAGCGUCACAAAAAACCAACGUAUGAAUAGUAUAAGAUUUAUAACGAGAUCCUACGUAAAAAGCCAGUAUACAAUGUAACAGCAAUACCAACCAAAAAUUUACUAUAUAUACCUUGAUCUUCUGAACAUAUGAGCAGUAACCGAGUAAGCUUCAACGCGUGCGUAUCACCUGAUUCAUGAUUAUCACUAAUUAUGUUAAACUAAUUAUAAAACUCAACAUAAUUUAUUAUUUGUUAUAUAAUAUUUACUGAUCGUGGAAAAUUGGUGUAAAUGAAAUAAUUUUACUUUUAAUAAUUUAUUGUUUGUUAGAAUGAUGGUGUCGCGAAUUUCAUUGUUUAUUCUUUGUAUUCUUGAGGUAAACAAAAUGAUCAGAGGCUAUCCAAAUCAGUCGCAAGCUAUUAAACGUACCAUCACGUUUCAGAGUCUUGAGAAAAGUGGUCUUGUUAGAGACGUAACGUCUGUCGAUCGAGAGAAUAAAAAUUCGAGUGAGGACGUGGGUGAUCGCGUUGCUGAUAAGCUCGUAGAGACAAAAAAUAACCUGCCAAGUAAACAACCCAUUAGGAAUUCAAGGCAGACUGCGCGCGAUCGGCUUGAUCAAAUUCACUACAGUGUAAACAAUAACAACAAUAAUAGCACCGAUAAUAUUAAAAGUAAAUCGCAUAAUUAUCAAAAUGAGUUGAUAAGUUUCUUUAAUAAGGAGAAUUUUAAACAUUGGAAUGAUCGCGAUAACAAACGAGAAGAUCUCGGUACCCAGAAAGUUGUUCUCCCAGAAGAAUUAACAUUUAGUAUAUUCAACCAAACUAAAACACAAAAUAACAGGUUUGUGCCAGUGAUGCCUCCUGAAUGUCAUGGAGAUACGUUAUGUAAUUACGCUCCAAAUUAUCCAACAGACGUUGUUAGAGAACAAAUAAAGCAGAAGAGCUACUUGAAACAAUUCGCAAGUGACGGAAAACCUACGAUGUUAGCUCAGCGUAUAAUAUCUGUAAGGAGUAAAGCUCCGAAAAAUCUCUGCAAUUCGUCGAAAGCAUGGUACUUUCCAGAAAUCGGGACGACUAUUAAUGGAGAGAAUAAAUAUAUUCUGCAAUCCCCAGAUUUGUAUCAAUGGUUCGAAGCUGAAGUUUGCAACGAAGAAGGACUUCCGUGUCAAAUACUUCCAACGGAAACAAAAAACACCAAUACAAUUUGCGUACAGAAGUGGAUGAGUCAUCCGUUUGCGUGUUUAUCACACAGAGGUGAAGGAGAAAGAGAUUGGUUCAACAUAAAAACAAAUUGUUGCUGUUAUCUUGAUCAAAAAAUAUUCUUUAACUAUUAAUGUACUUCGAAAGUCAAUAAAAAAAAAUUUUUUCAGCAAAUGUCCGAUUUUAGAA